UACACUGUUUGUAACUCUGAGAUUAGGAGAAAAUAAAUGAAAAUGUGAAUUUUUUGAGGUCAUGUUGCUGGGUGAGGGGUAACGAUCUAUUGACUGGAAUUGUAAGUCGUCAGUGUUUCAUAUAAGUGCGCUUUUGAUUACUACUGACAGAGGAAAGUCGGACCAAAGCCAACCGAUUGAGAGACAGGCACGAUUUUUAAGAAGUAUGAUGUCGACAAAUUAAAGAUAUCCACAACAUCUGUAUAUUAAAGAUAUGUCAACAACUUGCUGGUCACUGUGGCAACGGAUGCCGCCACGUUAUCAACUGACUUCUAGAAGGGAAGAAAUAGAAAACCCGGAGGGGGAGCGGUGUAGAACGCCAGGACCAACACCCCGACCCAAGCGGGGGACGCGGGGAGGGGGAACCACCAGUACAAUGAGAAGCGCCAGUUUCACAGAAAUCCCCCCGAGGAAUAGCAAAAGCAUUCAAGGAAGUGGUAGACGAUUUCAGUUUCCGAACAGGAAGUCUGGUUACAUAGACCACUUUAAAACUCAACAACGUGUGAAUUCUGCAAAAGUGAAAUUUUCGUCAAAUCCUCCUAUUUCUCCCUACUCUCCACGUGAGAGAGCAUCCACAGCUCCACAAUUUCCCGUCACAAAAUUAGAUAGUCCAGCAUCUGGACAGGAAAUAUCCACACCAAAUCUUCACGAUAUCUGCAGUGAGCACAAAGCCACAGGGGGACGAAUUCGAACUCCUACCGGUCGUCAAAGAGAGGCUAGCAUGGAUCUUGAGGAUGCGUCAUCACUGCUCGUAGACAACAAGUCAUUUUUAAGAGAUACGUCACAGAGACGCUUCAAUGUUCGUGAAACUGCGGAGGGUACCAUGUAUAUUGAUAAUGGAAAAGUGUUCUUCAUAAAGAGGUCUAGAAACGACCCAACAAAUCUACUGAAAUCACGAACAACCGACGGCGGCUUUCUUGCAAGUAUACGAAAAGAUUACCUCAAGAAGCCAAAAUAUAUUGCCAUUAAAGGCGAAAGAUUGGAACAGGACGAGAGUCCCGCACUGCAGCACGAACGAGUUUACUACAACCAAAAAGUCGGUCAUAUCCUCGACUAUUACUCUCGGGAUGAUGAGGAUCGACUAUCGAUUGAUGAUCUCGCCAAGUACACAAGAUCUUCGCCCCGCUCAACAUUGUCGCGAAGUGUUUCUCCAAGAUCCUCAAAAGUUAGGAAAUUGUACUUUGCCCCAGAUCAGGAGGAGCUUAGCCCUCGCCGGUCACCUGAUAUGCUGGAGGAUCCAAAUAUUAAUUCAUACAUGAAAGUAAACUUUCAAUCAAAACUGUAUGAUCGAAAGUUUUAUUUACGAACACCUGCUAAAACCGACUUGCACAGCCUGUCUACAGCAGAUAUUGAUAAUUGUAAAUGUGGAAUAUGUAAAAUUGAAAUGCAACUUUCUUUGAUGGAAAAACUCGGAAUAAGCUACCCACUAUCAAAGUUUCAAAACCAGCAAGUGGAUGCUCAGAAGCAGACGAAUCAGGGCACACCUACGCAGACGAUACCAGACGCGAGGCGGGAAACGGACAAUGAGAUCAAAUCACGUCAGAAAGAAGAGUCGUCACGUGCGAAAACAGCGGAAGGACUUCCGGAAACUAAUAGACAACACGAAAACAGUUCAAUUACGGUAACAGUUCCCGCCAUGGAAAGGGAGGGUACUCUGUCAGAAUCGGUUAUAGAUACCUCUAGAACUCAACAACCCACACCUCUCCCGUAA